AUGUCCAAUCCAGGCCAAAUCUCGCCCCUCCGGCCCGUUACCCGGCACAUCACCACACACAACGCCGAAGGGAAGGCUGUCAUUCACUCCUCCACGCCCGGGCAAUGGAAAGCCUUCAGCGCCGACAUGGCCUUCAACCUGAUCUUCACCACCUCCCAAUUCCCCGCAGACAUCAACGGGGACGCCGACCUCAAGAACCACGACGCAGUCGUGCAAUCCGGCCAACUGGGCCUGGUCAACCCCAACGGCACCGUAUGCCGAAUUGUCGACUUUGCGCCCAACAACCCGGGCAUCAUGCACCGCACGCAGAGUCUGGACUUCGGGGUCGUGCUGGAGGGCAGCGUUGAGAUGGUGCUGGAGGAGGGAGAGCCGACGUUGUUGCAGAGGGGGGAUGUUGCGGUGCAGAGGGGGACGGCGCAUGCAUGGCGGAAUCCGAGUGCGACGGAGUGGGCGAGGAUGUUGUUUGUGUUGCAGGAUUCGAAGCCGCUGGUCGUUGGAAGCGAGACGUUGAAGGAGGAUUUGGGGGUUGCGGCGGCUAUUAUGACGCCGAGUGGGAAUGAUCCAUAG